AAUAAAGUCAAACAGUGCUAAAUGAUUUACAUAUAACAACUUUAAACAAAGUGUUUUUGAAAAUGUAAUAUAGCACAUCAAUGAAGCAAUCUACAAUAAUGAAUUAACUACAAAUCCAGGAAUUGUAUUCCAAGUCAUGAAACAUACAGUAUAAACAUGUAUUAGUUUCAUGAAAAUAUAAAUAUCAUUACUAAUAAUGUGGUCAUGUUCAAUAAAGUCAAAUGGUGCAGUCAAACAGUACCAACUUGCAUAGUACUGAGAGAUGAUGCUAGAUGCCUGUACCUGCUAGAUGCAGGUCAACUGUAUUGCUGUAGACCUACAUCGAGGUGAAUUUCCCUUUUUAUUUAAUCAUUUUUAUUAAGCUAGGAGCUGCCACAUGGUAUACUGCUGAGUAGAUUUAUUGCUUUAUUCAGGGGACUGAUGCAAACAUUGAGGUCAGUCAGAUUUACAAAUAGGAUGUGAUUAAACUUGUGAUUAGAAUCUGGAAGAAUAGGCAUAAAAGCUAUGGUGAAUGGGUUAUCUUCUUUCACAAUAUGAAUGUUUUCCAGGAAAACAACAGACUAGAUAGAAAUCUUGUCUUGUCUUGUCAGUGUAUGGUGUAGGAGGUCUAUAAAUUGUAUAGUAGCAAGUGUGAAAGAAUUUUGCUUUCUGGAAAAAGCAAAAGCACUAAAAUUAAGAGAGGAGUAAAAAAAUCUUGUUAAAGGCAAAAAUUCAGUUAAUGUAUAUUUAGCCAUGAACUUGCAUUCAGUUAAUCUAUUAAUUUUUAUUUUACUCUGUCUACACAUUUCAUGUGGUCAUACAUAGCCUGGUCUGCUUGAUGCUGGAUUAUGCUCCAGCUUGAGAGUGCCAAGUGGAGUUUUCUUCUAUGCCUUGGAAUCAGCAUCUUGAUCUGCUCAGUCAUAUAUAUUAAGGGCAAGCCUUCUUAUGCUCCAAGGCCUCUGCCCCGUACCUUGAACUGCCGUCCAUUUCCUGAAAACUGUAAAGUUUUGCCCCCUACCCCCUCUAACACAAGAUGGGAAAGAACAGUAUGUCAGGAGCUGAGCUACUUUAACAAUCCACUAAACUGCUCUCGUAUACAAUCUGAGCUUCACUUUAUUAUGGAGACAUUGAGCAUAGAAGAAGAGGACUACCCUCUGGCCUUCAUCAUCACUAUCCACAAAGACCUGGAGAUGUUUGUGCGUGUGCUCAGAGCCAUCUAUGCACCACAAAACAUCUACUGCAUUCACGUAGAUGCCAAAGCUCCAGAAGACUACAAAAUGAGAGUUGAGAAAUUGGCAGAGUGUUUUCCCAAUGUCUUUCUAGCCUCAGUUAGCGAGAUAGUGACCUAUGCAGGUUUUUCACGUCUGAAGGCUGACAUUAACUGCAUGGAGGACCUGGUGAAGUCUCCAGUCAAAUGGCAAAAAGUGAUUAACCUGUGUGGCCAAGAUUUCCCUGUGCAGAGCAACCUGGAGCUGGUCCGGUAUAUGCAAGAUGCAGAAUGGAGAGACAAUAAUAUGACUCCAGGUGUAAAGCAGCCAGAGAACAUGCAACACAGGACUCAAAUACAGCAUAUAGAAGUUAAAGGUGAAUAUGUGGCCUCCAUGGGUGCAGGUCACCAAAAGACCCCUCCUCCACACAACCUGACAAUCUACUUUGGAACAGCCUACUACAGUCUGCAAAGAGCAUUUGUGGAAUAUGUGCUCACUAGCCAAGUGGCCAAAGACCUGUUGGAGUGGUCCAAGGAUACCUACAGCCCAGAUGAGCAUUACUGGGUAACCCUUAACCACGUGGAAGAUGCCCCUGGCAAUAAUGUAAAUGCUGGCUGGAGGGGUAACAUUCGAGCCAUUAAAUGGAGAGACCAAGAAGGAACAGCACAUCAAGGCUGCAAUGGAAGUUACAUCAGGGAUAUCUGCAUCUACAAUGUUGAGGAUUUACCCUGGAUAAUUGAGAGGAACAGCAUGUUUGCUAACAAGUUUGAGAGCACUAGCUAUCCUGAAGCUCUGGACUGCCUGGAACAGUGGCACAGGCACAAAGUCCUACAGCAGGCAACAGUGCCCAUUCAGUUGUCAUGGAAACUUGUAACAGAAGUCAAUACUAGUAGUGCCACAGUAACAGGUGGAAUGAAGAGAUUAGGUCACAGUUAGGAUUGCCAGUUAAUUCUUAAACUAAAUUGUCAGUCACACAAUUCAACCUGGAAUGAUUAAUCCAGGGAACAUGAGCUACCGAGCACAGACCAGUUACAUGUUUGUUUUGUUUUUUACAUAUCUAUCGAUUUAUUUAUUUAUGUAUUUAUUUAUUUGUUUAUUUAUUUGUUUAUUUAUUUAUUUAACUACUCAUGGUUAUGUAUGUAUGUAUGUAUGUAUGUAUGUAUGUAUGUAUUACAAUGUGUGAUUUAAAACUAUUAAUUUACAUAUAUUAUGGAGACUAGAGUUACAGCACCUAUAUAAAAUCAGUAGAAUAAUUUUUUAUAAUGUCUGCUCUUAUCAUUUAAAAUGAACAAACCAUAUCAGGAGGAGUUAAAAUGCAACAAUUGUUACUUUUUAACUCAUGAGAGGUUCUGAAUAAUAAUAAAAAGCAUUAGUCAAUUUCUAGGUCAAUCAUUUAAACACUUUGUCCAUUGUCAUCUGUACAGAGUGUGCAAGCCAUAAUCUCUGUUUUGAUAACAAAGACAAUAAGAGUUUAUAUUGACCAUUCAUUAACAUGAAUCGUUGACAUUGACCAUCAGUGUCCAAUCAGUAUUAAUUAUUUAGGCUCAAGUUCAUGUUCCCUAUGCAAAACCUGUUCAACUGUUGCAAAAAACAUACGUAUGUAAUAAGGUUUUAGACAUCUUCAGGCAGACUGAAUACAAUUACAGCUGCAUUUGUUAAAUUGACUGCUUAUCUGAGGUAAUCUUUGCACAGGUAGUCAAGGUGCAGUUAGUAACCUUGUAGUAGCAGUUAAGUAGAUGUCUACAUACAUCAAUGGCAGAAAAAAAAAGAAAAAAGAAAUGGUCGAGAAUCGAUUACACAUCAUAAUUUUAGUUGGCAGCAAAUACCAAGCACCAUCCAUCCAUCUUCUACCGCUUACUCCUUCUUUAGGGUCAAUACCAAGCACUUUAUUCAUGGAAUGCCACAUUGCACAUAUAGAGAACUAGUAAACAUAGUUUACAAAUCCUACCAUAAAAGAACCAAAAAAAGAGAGAUUGAGUUUCAGUUAUCAAGAACAUGCACAAAAUAAACUUACUCAUCAGUACUAUGCAACUUACUAGCAGAAAAUAAACGCACUGGUCACCCUCCCACUGCCUUAUUGUGUGAUAACUGUUUAAAAUGGUAACGCUAACAAUUCUAUAUCCAGUAAUUGCAAUUAUUGCUGUGCUUGAAACUAAGGGGCCGUCUCUAAAGUUACAUACAACAUUGUUAUACACGUUUCUAACUUCAUAGCAUUUGAAGGGAAUGACUUACAGUUAUGAAGCCAACUGUAAAGUGUUCAAGUAGGUGUCAGGUAUGACGCACACCUUUUCGAUUUUUGAUAUUUAUUAAAAUAAACUAUUAAAUCAUAUGUACAUAUUGCCAUGUAUUUCACUACAGAAUGGGCCCAUACA